CUCUCCGCCGGCCCCGCCCUUUCCGCAACCCACCCCUUCCUUAGAGACGCACGGACGCUCCCGCCGGUCCCCGGAAGUGACGCCGGGCGCACCCGGAAGUACCGGAGCGAGCCCCGCCCCCGGGAUGUCGCGCGCCACCAAGCGGAAGCACGUGGUGCGGGAGCUGCUGGAGGAGCGCGUGCUGCCGGCCCCGCGGCAGCGCAUCGUGCGGGUGCUGGGGACACCGGGGAACAACCUGCACGAGGUGGAGACGGCCGAGGGGACGCGCUUCCUGGCCAGCAUGCCCCCCCGCUUCCGCCGCCACAUCUGGAUCAAGAGAGGUGACUUCUUGCUGGUGGACCCCAUCGAGGAGGGGACGAAGGUGAAGGCUGAGAUGUCCCUCGUCCUCCUCCCCCCCCCACGUCCGCUUCCUGCAGCGCCAGGGGCUCUGGCCAGAGGCCUUCACACCCCUGGAGAAGUCGAGCCCCCGGGAGGGCCACCCCCCUGCCGGGGACGAGGACCUCUUCGUUAACACCAACCGGGUGGGGGCCGGUGGGGACACGGGGGACAGCGAGGACACGGGUGACGAGGACGACACGGGUGACGACGAGGACGACACGGGUGACGAGGAUGACACGGGUGACGAGGACGCCGCCGCGGGUGACAACGAGGACAGAGGUGACAACAACAAUGACACGGGUGACAAGGAGGAGGACACGGGUGACAAGGACACGCACCCCAGGGACAGCGGGGACAAGGACCGGGGGGCCGGUGGCAGUCGGGACAGGCGGUACCCCCCCCCAGUGAGGGGACGGGGACGCGCGGUGACGCGGCCGGGGGCUGCUCCCCCAAUAAAGGACUGGUGGUGGCACUGGG